AGUCGGCUAUAUUCAUUGAACCAAUUGCAAGAGAACCAGUGCCAUGCGAUCCCUAACUUUCAUAGUCCUGAUCAUCACCUUUGUCGCUCUUUUUUGCCUGGACAAUGUUCUCAAGGUGUUAGCGGGCUGCCCCUCAAUUUGUCGCCUGAACUAUCGACCAGUUUGUGGGUUUAGAUUCGAAUCCGAAUUACCAAACCACUGCACCUUCCUCAACCUGUGCCUCCUUAUUCUCUACACUUGCAAAACCAAACAAAAAUGGCACACAAUGAGCACGGAGCCCUGCGAAACUCCUGGCCGAAAUUGUGAUGAAAUUAUUUAUUAUUUUAGCAAUAAAACGGAGCUGCUUACAUUACGAGGCGUACACGAUGAUGACUAAAAUAACAAUAAAUAAAUUGAAA